CUCUCUCUCUCUCUCUCUAUCUCGCAGCCGGACGAUGCACAAUUACGCGAAUGCCGCAUUACGGAGCAGUUCAGCCACGGGCACACGGUACAAGCGAGUAAGCUUGCCCGAGCGACAUGGACGACACCAGACCGAGCUGCUUCGGCUGUUAUCGGGAGACGGGGGGUUACACGCGUGGUUUCUUGCUCGUUGCAUUAAUAUCCGCGGUUUCCAUCGUGCAGCCGCAACGUAUGUUCGAUCGAUCGAUCAUCUUCAAGGAGCUCGUGGAACGUCGGCAGCAAGAACGCGACGAAUUUUCCCGAUUCAUACCCUGCACAAAGGCGUUUAUCGACGAGUACUUCGAUCAUCCGGGAUAUGUGUCGCUCGUGUUGCCGAACGAGCCGCGAGAUAUUCCGGAUUUCGCGGAGCCGUUGAUAAGCGAACUGCGCGGGAGAAGCAUGAUCUACACGCUCAACGUAGGGAUGAUAAACGUGAUAGAGAUGUACGAAGACGAUUUGAACGGCAUUAUCCUGACGAAGAACGCGUCGGCCCUCGGGGAAAAGGACAUCUGUCUGGCGAAUUAUUGCAAGCACGACUGCGACUUCGUAAUAGCGCUGACGGAGCCGUUCGUCGACGAAGCGAACUUCCUGGCGGAUGCUGACGAGCUAAUACGACGCCUGUGCCUGCGAUCGAUCUUCGAGCUUGCGAUAUUGGCGAUGGUCGGGGAUUCGGCUGUCAUCGCCGGUAGCCGGUCCCGGACCGACGAUGGGCUGUACACCCCGGCCGACGCGGCAAUUCUGGCGAGAUGUGAGCAAAGAGACACGAUUCGAUGGCAACGCUUGGCCGACCAGAGGACGAAGUCGUCCUCCCGUGAAAAUGUUGUGAAUGUGGCGAUGUUGCGGAAUUACCCAUACGCGAUACCGGUCGGCGUCGGCACGGACUGCCUGAGAUUCGACGGGAUCGAGGGCAUGAUGGUCGAGGAGAUAGCGCGUAGCCUAAAGAUCCAACUCAACAGGAAGGUGGUCAAGUGGAGGAAUGUGACCGUGAUCGAGGAUGAGCUGCAAUGGAGACUCUACGAUACGAUGAGCAGCGACCUGAUGUUCGGCGGGUUCCUGUGGAGCUACAGUCCGAAGAUCGAGUACACCAGUUCCUACGGUAUGGUGCACAUCGUGUGGCUAGUGCCGAUUCACAUGAACGUCUCCCUACGCGGCCUGAUUUUGCCGUUCACCGCAAACGUCUGGUACGCGAUUAUCUGCGUUCUGAUCAUCGGCGGGCUCGUGAAGCACCUCUUCAUCCGCGACACCUCAUUUCUCGACAUCGCUGCGUUGCUCUUUGGCGUGGCGACCAAUCGUCAGCCGAUCGAGAUCUCCAGCAGGAUCCAAUUCAUAGCCUGGGCCUUGUUCGGCUUCUUUAUCACGCAACUUUAUCUUGGCUCAUUGGCCGACCAGCUGAUGAACGCCUCUGCCGCCCAGAUAGAAACCAUAGAUGAACUGAUGGAGUCGGGUCUGGAUCUAGGCGGUACCAAGCUGUUGGCGAAUCUGCUGAGUACGCCCGACAAGAACGACGAUGACAGCGAGAACGUCAGGCGGAUUAUUCAGGAGAACUUCAUUAUUUUCGACCAGCGUACCUACAUCAGACGAGUCCAAGAUAUCAUAACGGGCAGAAACAACAGUCUGGCUUUGCUCGUCAUGUUGAAUCUGACAAACAUAUACAACGUGGAAGACGUAGGACACGGUCAUAUCGUGAAAGAGACCAUGGGUACUUACCCGUUGGCGCUCGCUACUUGGCGAAGUUUUCCCUACUUGAAAGAUAUCAAUUUGAAGAUCCUGCUAUUCCUAGAAACCGGCUUCGUCAGAUUUUGGGCGAAACUGGUGAGUUUCGACGUUGACUAUUAUGAAGAGGACAACGAAAUGGACGACAACAGCAACCUUGAUAUAAAGGACAUCACGCCAGCCUUCCUGCUCUUAAUCAUAGGAUACCUCGGCGGGUGUUUGUUGCUCAUCGCUGAAAUUCUGUUCUACCCGUCGCCGGUGUUACUGUGACUCUUCUUCGUUUGGCUGCAUUCUCAGGUGUCUCAUUUUUCGUUCGAUCUCGAUAUUGGGAAACGGAGUGCUUGCGCUGAUGUUCGCUCGUUCCCAGGCAUAUCUUCGUUAUAUCCCGCAGACAGAAUUUUCUCACUGGUGCGAUAACUAUCCGGGCUCAUUAACCGUUCAUAAUAAAUCUGUCGAAGUCUAGCAGGAUUUUUAAACGCGCUUCUCGAAUAGAACGGCGCCGCGGCGGGUUAAUUAGAAAAGUUCUAAGCUAAUUUCAUUAAACCCACCCCGUUCUCCUCCUCCUUUUCUCCCU